UGCUGUGCAGGAGGUGACUUCAUCUCAAAAUACGCGUAGUUGUGUUAUUAAAAGUGAAUUUACCCAGUAAUAUUAAAUUAUUUAUGCACAAGAUGUCUUAAGUUACACUAAGUUGAGGGCUACACUGAUUCCGGUUGAAGUGAUGGGCUUUAUACGAGUUAAACUUAUCGAAGUAGAACAGGCUGACGAAUGGAAAGCGAAUUCAAAUGGACCAUUUGAUCCAUACUGUGCGAUACAUAUUAAAGAAGCCGUGCAAACGCCGGGUCAAGGCGUUCAACUUGUCCAGAAGAAAAGAACAAUCUACCCAGAAUGGAACAAGUGUUUCGAUACUCAUCUUUACCCUGGACGAGUUAUUUCUGUUGUUGUGAUGGAAAAACCAAACGUUUAUCGAGGAGACACAACAAUUGGUGUUCAAUUUUUGGUAGACCAAUGUAAAAAAGAUGGCUUUUCGAGUUUAUGGCUUGAUCUUAGCCCAUGUGGUCGCCUCCUUGUGCAAGUUAGACAUUUUGCAGAAGCAGCAGAAGAUCCAUCUAAAGGCUUUGAAGGACCUGCCAAUAAGAGUGGAUUGACUGGCCGACGUGGUGCUAUUAGGAAACAGAAAGUUCAUGAAGUUCGUGGUCAUAAAUUUGUGGCACGCUUCUUUAGACAGUUUGUCUUUUGUUCAGUGUGCAAAGAUUUCUUAUGGGGAUUAAACAAGCAAGGCUAUCAGUGCCAAGUUUGUACUUGUGUGGUUCACAAACGAUGUCACAGUCAAGUUUUAAGUACUUGCCCAGGAGCUACAGAUGUUAAUGAAACCAAGAAACUGAAAGAAAGGUUUAAGAUUGACAUUCCUCACAGAUUCAAGGUCACCACCUACUUGAGUCCCACUUUCUGUGACCACUGUGGUUCCAUGCUUUAUGGGCUAUUUAGACAAGGAUUAAAAUGUGAAGCUUGUGGUAUGAACUGUCAUCACAAAUGUCAAAAACAUGUUGCAAAUUUGUGUGGAAUUAAUCAAAAAGCAUUUUCUGAAGCCCUUGGACAAGCUAAUGCUGAUAAACAAAGACGACUGAGUCAGUUGCCACCAUCACCCACCCAUGAAUCCUCUGCUCCAUCAGUUGCAAGUUUCGACGACGCAAUCUUGGAGAAACAAUACGAAAAGAUAGCUGAUGAAUACGAGGAAAUGUGGCAGGCUGAGGCACCGAGGCCUCCACCGAGAUCAAGUAGUGUUAGCAAACCUAGCAAGAAAUACACGCUGCAAGAUUUCACGUUUCUUAAAGUACUUGGUAAAGGAAGCUUUGGAAAGGUCCUGUUAUCAGAAUUAAAAAGCACCGGUCAAGUAUUCGCUAUCAAGGCUUUGAAAAAAGAUGUUGUUUUAGAAGAUGACGAUGUGGAAUGCACAAUGAUUGAGAGAAGAGUUCUGAGCAUCGCAAGUCGACAUCCAUUUUUAACUUCCAUCAUUUGUGCCUUCCAGUCCAAGGAACACUUAUUCUUUGUCAUGGAAUACGUGAAUGGAGGUGAUCUCAUGUUCCACAUCCAAGUUGCGGGCAAGUUUGAUAACUAUCGUUCAUGUUUCUAUACUGCUGAAAUUGUUUGUGGCUUGGAGUUCCUACAUAGUCUUGGAAUCAUAUAUAGAGAUUUAAAAUUGGACAAUGUUUUAAUGGACUCAAAAGGUCACAUAAAGAUCGCUGACUUCGGCAUGUGCAAGGAGAAAAUACUGGAUGGAAACAAAACGUCAACAUUUUGUGGCACUCCAGAUUAUAUUGCGCCAGAGAUUUUGAAAGGUCAAAAAUACGAUGCUUCAGUGGACUGGUGGUCACUUGGUGUUUUGCUCUAUGAAAUGUUGAUUGGGCAGUCUCCGUUUGCUGGCGAGGAUGAAGAAGAUCUUUUUGAUUCGAUAUGUCGUGAUAAAGUUCAUUAUCCAAAGUGGAUCUCACAAAGUGCCGUAUCUUGUAUGGUCCAGUUGUUGGAGCGUAACGUUGGCGACAGACUUGGUUACAAAGAGGGCAGCAAUGGAAAUAUACGAAAACACGAGUUUUUCUCCAAACUGAAUUGGAGACAGUUAGAAGCAAGACAAAUUGAAGCUCCGUUUAAACCAAGCAUUCGUUCACCACGAGAUGUAGAAUAUUUUGAUGCCGACUUCACUGCUGAAGCGCCUAAACUAACGCCCACAGACAAAGCUUUACUGGCUUCUAUUGAUCAGAUUCAAUUCAAAGGCUUUUCAUAUGUCAAUCAGCAUUUUAACCGUGAUUCUUAGUAAUAUGUAAGUGACUGAAGACCAUGUUGUGAUUUUAUAUAUACAGAUAUCUAUCAUACGCUCUGACUUUUAUCGUAAUGCUUGAUGUAGACUAUUCACAAUUAGUUUGCUAUCAGUAUGGAAAAUUAUGUAAUUAUAGACUAAUCGCAGGGCUGUCACACGCACCUUGGUUUUGGUUUAACUUAAGAAAAGGGUAUUUAUGGCAUAAAUUAUGCACAAUCAUGUGACUCGCGCAGGCGCUGUUUGAACUAUGACGACACCAGGCCAUUGCACCAGGCUGCGUCCAUUCGGCUUGAUGAUGAUGUGAAGUUAAGAAGCCGUGAAACAUUUAACAACUUGCAGUUGUGUGAUUGUUAUAUAUUUAUUGAAUAACCACUUUGAAAUAUUAGUCAAAACCAAAAAGUUCGCCAAGAAAUUCACCGCGAGUUGCAACGAAAUUUCAGACACAAAAUCAUGUUGUGGUAAUAUCAACGAACCUUAGCGAUAUUUUUCGUACUAAACAUGCUACUAAAGAGGGCGAUAGAAACCAGUGAAAUGAUAGAACCCCGUGCUUAACCGUGAUUAAAAGAACUAUCCGAAUCUCUAUUCUAAUCUACCCAUGAAACGAUUUUUUGUCGUUGUUCGAAGGUCACUAUAUACAUGAAGCAUCAAAGAGGAUAUUCAACUAAAGCAUAUACAUGUAUCAGACGUAUAGUUUCUUUGGCAUCCGUAGAGAGCAUAGUGAAAAAUACUGAUUUUAUGGAGAUUUUUUAUACAGUUUUAUUCUUAUUACAAGUAUAUAUAGAAAUGUUUAUGAACUAUGACGUCACUUUACCAGAGCGCUUUUCUUGACUAAAAUGGUCAGACUAUUUUGACACCGGUAAACGGAGAAUAGAAACUUUAUUUUCGAUAUUUUUGAAAUGCUCGGUCCUUAUACUAAAACAACCAGUAAUCUGUCUAUACAGAAAUUGAAAUACAUUAGGGCCAGUCGCGGGCCAUUUUUACUGUAACAGGAAAGCGUCCCUAGUAAAGUUGCUUAGAUAUAGAUUAUCACUUUUUCUACCGUUAUGUUCCUUCAGAUUUAUAACGUAUAUAACUAUUGCCCUUUUUAUUAUAGUCUUAGGAAUCAUAGAUAAAUAAAAGUUAACGAAUUAA